AACUGUGGACAGAUCACUGAGCGAUACGUUUAUGAAUUUUGAAGUCAGAACAUACAGACUCUGUACGGCAAAUCAAAUCAGGGAUAAGAGAACUCCAGCUUGCCCUUUACAAAGAUGGCAGCUCGCUUUGGUUCCGUCAGACUGCGGUUUGACCACGCCUUUCGACAUAAUUUCUGCUUUCUGAUUGGGCGUUUUCCAAGUCACGUGACGUUUGCCUUUUUCUCCCUCUUACCGGGUGGUUGACUAGUCCGGGCAGAGCCAGAGGUUUUUUACCGCACAGUGUUGCCAGCCGGGGGAGCGGAUAUGAGUGAGUCCCUGGUUGUAUGUGAGGUCGAUGAGCAACUCGUGGAGAAGCUUAAGAAAUUCCGUUUCCGCAAGGAGACCAGCAAUGCCGCCAUCAUCAUGAAAAUUGACAAAGACAGGCGUCUGGUUGUCUUAGAAGAAGAACAUGAGGGUAUUUCUCCAGAUGAACUCAAGGAUGAACUUCCAGAGAGACAGCCCAGGUUCAUAGUGUACAGUUACAAGUACCAGCACGAUGAUGGGAGAGUGUCGUAUCCGCUGUGUUUUAUUUUCUCCAGCCCUGUAGGGUGUAAACCAGAACAGCAGAUGAUGUACGCCGGGAGCAAAAAUAAACUUGUCCAGAAAGCUGAACUCACAAAGGUGUUUGAGAUUAGAAACACGGAGGACCUCACUGAAGAAUGGCUGAUCGAGAAGCUGGGUUUUUUCCACUAACCUGUAUUUUUUUUCUAUGUCAGCGAGCCCGAAGUAUAUUCCCUUUAUACUUCUUAAUUCUCAUUUAGACAGGAUGUCCACCCACCCUCCAAGUGUCUGUGCUGCAAAGAUGUGCAGGUUUUUUUAAAAAAAAGUUUUUCCUUCCUUAAUAUAAGGCUCCAUUCACACGUCCGCAAUUCUGUUCCGCAUUUUGUGCUGCCCGGAUCCGGAAAGGUGGACCCCCACUUCUGGAUCCACAUUUCCGUUCCUGAAAAAAAAAAAUAUAGAACAUGUCCUAUUCUUGACCACAAUUGCGGACGAGAUCAGGCAUAUUUUAUUAUAGUGCCGGCGAUGUGCGGUCCGCAAAAUGCGGAAAAGCACAUUGCCGGUGUCCAAUGUUUUGUGGAUCCGCAAAACACACACGGAUGUGUGAAUGGACCCUAAAUCUAGUGGGAAAAACUAUAUCAUGCAACACUAAACUGCUUAACUCUUUCACUGCCUGGAGGGCCUGCAGAGCCGUGUGCAGUGGAGGACGUAAGCAUUGGAAUAUCUUAUCCUGACCGCACUGGACGACAAGCGUUUAUUGUUCUGGAUUUACUAACAAGUCUACCUGAUUUAUUAGAACCAUUUAUACCUAGCACCAAGGGUAUAGACACGUACUGUGACCUGCAGCCGCCAUCUCCUGGCUGCCUUAAAGGGGUUUGCCAAAUGCAUAAUAGUGAUGAACUAGGUCAUCAGUAUGUGAUGGGUGGGGGUCUGACGCCUGCCAAUCAGCUGUUUGAAGAGGCAGUAAGCCCCACAACUUACCAAGCACAGCGCCGUACGUUGUAUAGUGGCUGUACUUGGUAU